GAUUUAUUCACCUCAUUUAAAAAAUGUCAGCCCCCAUAAAAUUUAGAAAAAUAUUUGUUGAUUUUGAGACUAAACUGCAAACAUUCGAAGACCCCUUUUAGAUGGUCAUGGAGGGCCAAAGUGAGAAAGUGAAAGCCAAAGGUGAAGAGUUUUUGAAACACCUAUCUGAACUCUAUCAAGACAACCCAGGAUAUUCCGCUUACUUCAGUAAAACUGCCCAGGAUUACAGAUAUCAGAAUGAUGCAGCUGCUCAACUGGAAUGUAAAAAGCUUCCCUCCCAUUGCCAGUACUGUGGAGCUACAUUGAUACCAGGGUCAUACAAGACCCGUAUUAAACCUAAGAUGUUGAAGACGCAUACAUUAAUGAAGGAGCAUGUGCGAUACCAGGAAAUGCAGGCAGCUCGUAAAUCUGGGGCUACGUUGAGGGGUCCAGGAAUGUCAAAGUUCAGACAGAAAAGAAUACAAGAUUUUUACAAGUCCCAUAGUACUGUGAGGAUUACAUGUAAUCUCUGUAAGAAAGUGACAUCUAUAAAGGGUGCUGGUCAAUGGAAACAGAGGAAAACACCACAAGAUACCAACAGUAAAGAAGGUAAAGAAGGUGACCAUUCUAAGGCCCAACUUAAAAGGAAGAAAAAGAAACAGAGAUACUUAGCUAAUAAAAACAAAACACAGGAUCAUGGAUUGAACAUUACAUCAUCAACCAAUCAAAGCAUUCUUUCAUUAUCAUCAACCAAUCAGACUGAUUUAUCAAUUUCCUUGACCAAUGAGAUGGACUCACCUUCACCCAAUCAGGAUGUAGAUUCAUCAUCAGUGGCCAAUGAGAGUGAUGUAUUUGAAUCAGCCAAUAACAGUGCAGUAAUAGAUGACUUCAGAGGCCUUACCCCUAUAAGCAGCAGUACCCCAAUGAUAAAAAGGAAAAAGCAAAUGGACCUUGACUCAAGUAGACCCCUUAGUCCAGCAAAUAUAACUAAGAAAGGACCAUUUAGACAGAACAGUAUAAGUUCUCAAUCAUCUGCAUCGAGCUUGAACUCUAGUAAAAAAUCUCAAGACUUGAGUUCUAAUUCCUCUAGUUUGAAUAUGUUAUUACAAGGGAUGAACAAUCAGAGCCCCUCACCAGGUGGAAAGAAAAGUAAACGACAGAAAAAGAAAUUACAACAUUCAAAAUUGGCAGGAAUUUUGAGAAAUGAUUCAGAUAAAAGUAAGAAUGCUAAUUCUCUGGGUGAAUUUUUGUCUUCUCUAUGAUCAUGAAUGCUGAUCUUGAAUUAUGUAUUUAACAAUAUACUUAAAUAUUAAUGUCAAGCCAAAUUACACAAAUAUGAUAACUGAACUGUCCCUUAUUUUCUCAAAUUGAAGUUUAGACAGUUCUUUUCAUUUUGUUGUUAAUUUGUGUUUAAGAAACAAAUGUAAUCUGAUUCUAGGAAGUCAUGCAAAAGAAAAAAUAAGAAUGGACCAAUUAUGCUUCUAGCUGGCCUCAGUC